CCGGGAGGCGCGGCUUAAAAGCGAGGGAUUUCCUUCACGUCUGCUGUGAAAAAGUCAUUUGUGAGGCGGUGAGGUGACCUCUGUGCACGCGGGCGACGUGACGAUUUAAAGCCAGAUGUGUCUCCCUCAUGGACAGUCUAACCUGGCUGAAUUAUUCCCUGCAUCAGACUGCCCGCCUGGGGCUGGAGGUUCUGGAGAGGGCCUCCAAGAGGAUGGACUGGACUGUCACGCCUCGCAAGCACACUACCAACCCCGAGGAGGAGGAUGAACGGGUGGUAUACACCAAAAACUCAUUGGCAGCACUGCAGGAGGCCUUCUCCUCUAUUACUGACUUAAUGGCAGAGACCAACAUUCAAUGCAAAAAGUACUACGACUCAAUGGGAUGCACUCAUGGUCCCGACAUCGAGAAGAAACACGGGCCUCGCUACCAUAAGCAUAUCCCUACGACCAGCAAUUUGUCCCCUCGGGGACACCAGCAAGAUGGCAGUCAAGUUGAACCAAAUGACUUCUAUGUGGUGGUGCCUGCCGGAUCAUACACCAUCAGCGCGGACCAGCCCGGACAUCAGCAGCAAACAAAGAUGAUCGACCUCAAAGCUGGCGACACAGUCAGCAUCACAUUUAACUUCUAAAUUCUGUGUAUGUGUGUUACUACAUGAAUCUCAACAUUUAUUUUUGUAUGGAAAAGCAUCUCUAUUUUUUAAUACAGCAUGUUUGUAUUGACUCA